AUGUCAGGCUCCGAAACAGUAAUUGAACAAGGAUUGCAGGACAGUAAGGAGGAAAUUAAUCCAUCCACGAGCGCAGUAAACUCACCACCUGGAAUUCCGAAGGUCAUCAUCAAUGCCCCUGAUGGAGAUACACUCAAUCAAGGGGACAAAUUAAUUUCGGAUGUCAAGCAGAGGUACUCCGAGAUUAUUCAAGUUCCAGAGGAUGGUCUCACAGUGCAUCAACUCAUCCAACUGAGGCAGAUACAGCUCAGGGUGGACAGUAUUACGGAGGUUUAUCAGGAACUCACCAAGGUCAUCAUGACCGACGAGGAUGUCACCUCCGAGGAUUUGGACGGCCACGAUAGGAUCUUGGAUUCCGAAUGGGCAGAAUUACUCACCAUCCAGGGGAGCCUGAUCGAGUCCAUUCCACACGAUUACCCGUAUCUCGCGAACGGGGUAUUCGAGCAGGCAGCCACCACCAGGAAGCAAUGCGUCAGGCUCAUCAGCAGGUUGACGGGUCAACUGGCUAAGAAAGCUCAGCCACCCAGUACACCACCGAGUCCUCAACACCACGAUCAGCUGAAGAGACUGGACAUCAAGCCUUUUGAUGGCAAUCCUUCACAGUGGAAGGAGUUCAGUGACCUCUUCACUUCACUGGUGGGCAGCAAAUCUACAAUUCCCCCAGUGGAGAAAUUGGUGAGGCUGAAGAGCAGCCUCAGAGGACCAGCAGCAGCUCUGAUCUCUACGAUACCCAUCAGCGAUCAGAAUUAUGAGAACGCAUGGAGAAAGCUCCAAAAGAAGUACGAUGAUCCCAGACUUUUGGCACAGUACUUAUUUAAUCGAGUCCUGGAGUUGCCAAAAAUCACCAAACCCACGGAACAGAAUCUCACCGACAACGUGGCAGCAGUGGUCGAGUCGCUGGACCAGCUCAGAACAGUGGCCGGCCUUUCAGAAGCGAACCUAACUGAACAGCUGUUCGCUCACCUCCUGAGGAAGUCCUUGGACGCAGAGACUCUCAGACAAUGGGAGUUGAAAUUGGGAGACGCCAAGGAUUUCCCCAGUCUCACAGAGUUCGUCGUAUUCGUGGAGUCCUGUGCCAGGGGUAUCAACGCAGGGUCCAAACUCCACUCCAGACAGCAGAUCACCGCUCCCAGCAAACCACCUAUUAAGAAGAAAGGAGCUUACGCAGCAACUCAACAAGUGGAGGACAGCGCUCAGCAGAACAGUCACCAAAGGAAAGAGUGUUCCAUGUGCAAAGGGAACCACUUUGUUGACAAGUGUCAGCAAUUCAAGGAGCUGGACCCAGUAAAGAGAAACGGCCUGGCCAUCGACAAGAAACUAUGCUUCAGGUGCCUGGGCACGCACAAAAAAGACAGGUGCAGCUCAGACGAACAAUGCCACAAGUGCAAAGGAUCUCACCACACUCUGAUCCACGGAGGCAGCAGGUACACAGGAUGGGCUCCUCCACGUCGUGACUCGGAAGCUGCAGGGUUCUCUGGAACUGCCAACAGACCUGCAGAAGAGAGGAUCAACGAGGACCAGACUAAGCCCAGUACAUCAACACCAGCAGUUAACCUCAACAAUCAGAUGACCAAUGGGAACCAGCAGUCAAAUCAACCUUCAGAAGAUCAACAAUCGGUGCUGUUGGCGACAGCCCGAGUUACAGUGAAAUCACCACGAGGAUUCUCCAGCAGAGCCAGAGUCCUCAUCGAUCAGGGAUCAGAGGUGUCAUUCAUCUCAGAAAAACUAGUAAAUCAACUGCACUUGUCCAGGAAAUCAACAACGUUGGAAUUAAUCGGAAUUGGAGGAGUUAAUUCCGGCAGCACGAGAGGAUUGGUAUCAGUUACACUUCAGGCAAUCAACGGAAAACAACAGGUUCAGAUCAGCGCCCACAUAUUGAAGAGACUCACCGCAAUUCUACCAUCGUUCUCAUGUGCCUCAGCGAACAUCGGUUCAUUAGAAAAUCUCCAGCUAGCAGAUCAGCAGUAUCUCAAGCCCGGACCAAUCGAUAUCAUCAUAGGGGCUGACAACUACGGGCGAAUCAUCAGAGAUGAAGUUGUCAAGUCCAAGCAGUCAAAAGUCGUCGGCCAACGCACAGUCUUUGGUUGGAUUCUAUCAGGUCCAAUCAACUGCACCGGUUGUUCAGCGAGGAUCUCCCUAUCAGCUGUAAGGACCUCCUCAAACGAACAACUUCUAGAACUUCUCCAGAAAUUUUGGGUCCAGGAAGAGUUACCAGUUCAGCAGUCAGACAAUUCAGAGUUAUCACCAGACGAGCUGGAGUCAGCUCUCGGGGAGUCGAAAUUCAAGGCUUCGCGUCAGCUCAGAUCUACAGUCAGCAAACUCACCAAUAAUCAGGCAUAUGCCCAGCUGUACAAGGAGUUCAUCAACGAGUACGAAACUUUGGGUCAUAUGCAAAGAGCACCAGAGACAGCAGAACCCGUUCCAGUUUAUUAUCUUCCACACCACGGGGUUCUGAGAGCAGAUGCAAUCACCACAAGGUUGAGAGUCGUCUUCAACGGCUCCAGCCCCACUUCAUCAGGAACGUCACUCAACGACAUUCUACAUCCAGGUGGAAAACUUCAGACCAACGCCAUGGACGUUCUAACAUGGAUGAGAAAGCACAGGCUCGUGUUUGGCACUGACAUAGUCAAGAUGUUCAGGCAAAUACGAGUUCAUCAGGACGAUUGGGACCUGCAGAGAAUUUUGUGGGUUGACGACAACAAACAGCAAAUCUCCUACCAGCUCACCACCGUCACCUACGGGCUCAAUUGCUCCCCAUGGCUGUCUCUGAGAGUUCUCCAGCAGUUAGCAGAGGACGAGGGUCCACGAUUUCCAGCAGCCGUCGAGACAAUCACCAGAGGUCGUUACGUAGACGACAUCUACGGCGGAGCAGACUCACCAGCAGAACUCAAGGAGAUAGUAUGGCAGUUACAAGGACUUUGCCAGGCAGGAGGCUUCCCUCUCCAGAAAUGGAGCAGUAAUUGCCCUCAGCUCUUGCAUGAGCUCGGCCUAUCAACAGAGCAAGAAGUCAUUCAGUUUGAAGAGUCCGUCACUAAGGUACUGGGUCUGUGUUGGCAUCAGUCGUCCGACACAUUCCAGUACAAAUCCAGAGACUUCAAAACAGAGACGAUCACCAAGAGAAUUGUCUCUUCAGAGAUAGCCCAGAUCUUCGAUCCUUUGGGAUUUAUCGCUCCAGUCGUCGUCCAGGGGAAAAUUCUCCUUCAGGAUCUCUGGAAACUCAAAUGCAGUUGGGAUGACCCCCUCCCCCAAGAGUACAUUCACCGGUGGGAGUCAUUUCGCCAGGAACUCACCGAACUAGAUAAAGUUGCAGUACCCAGAUGGCUCAGACUCUCACCUCAGACAAACGACAUCCAAUUACACGGAUUCGCAGAUGCCUCAACAGUAGCUAUGAGUGCUGUGGUCUACAUUCGCACUCAGAAUCUCAACGAGCCAGUCUCCACAGUUUUGGUCUGCGCUAAAACCAAGGUAGCACCGAUCAAGCGCAUGACUAUUCCAUGUCUGGAACUUACUGCAGCUCUCCUGUUAACUCAACUCGUAACAUCAACGCAGCAGAUGCUCCAGCUAGACCAGGUAGAAACUCACCUUUGGUCAGACUCAGCAGUAGCUCUCGCGUGGAUCAGGAGUCCGGCCUCGAGAUGGAAAGACUUCGUCCACAACAGAGUGGUAAAAAUCCAGGAAACUCUCCCGAAUGCCACUUGGAGACACGUCAGUGGGAAGGAGAAUCCAGCCGACUGCGCCUCCAGGGGCAUAACACCAAGUCAGCUAGCAGAUCAUCACCUCUGGUGGNUCGCGUGGAUCAGGAGUCCGGCCUCGAGAUGGAAAGACUUCGUCCACAACAGAGUGGACCCUGAAGACUGGCCACGAUCAACUAUCGAUGCUCCACCAAUGGACAUCCCAGAAGUGGCCAAAGAAGCGAAACCAGCAAAAUCUCACCCAGUCGUACAGAGAAUCAACGAGAUUGCCGAGCUCCUCAACAGAUACAGCACGAUGGCAAAGCUGUUAGCAGUAACAGCGACCAUCAACAGGGCCAUCGACAGAUUCAGGAGGCAGCCAAUGCCCCCGGGAUCUAUCUUGACCACCAGAGAACUCAACGAUCCGAGAUUAUUUUGGGUAAAAAUAACACAACACCAGUACUUUGUUUCAGAACUCAGAGUACUUCUCAGAAAUCAGCAGCUACCUAGAAAUCACCAGUUAGCGAAAUUCACCCCAACUCUGGACGAGAAGGGCAUCAUGAGACUUGGGGGACGCCCCAAGAACUCAGAACUCCCUCCAGAACAGAUCCACCCAAUAAUCUUGCCACGUCAGUCCAGAUUCACCACACUCGUCAUCGCAGAAGCUCACCAGAAGACCCUCCACGGAGGGACACAGCUCACUUUGGCCUACACUCGGCAACGCUAUUGGAUACUCGGUGGCAGGGGCACAGUUAGAGCCUACAUCCUACGCUGUGCUAUCUGCGCCAGACACCGAGCUAGACAGGCUCAGCAACAGAUGGGUCCUUUCGCCAUCCUCAAGUGGAGACCCACGAAUGCUCAACCGGGAUCAGUGCACAUCGCAGUGUUCGUGUGCUUCACCACGUCAGCAGUUCACCUAGAGCUCGUCAACAGGCAAACCAUAGAAGCCUUCCUCGGAGCUUACAAGAGAUUCACCGGAAGACGAGGUAUUCCAGCAGUUAUGUACAGUGACAACGCCACCACCUUCGUCGGAGCAGCAGAUCAACUCGAAAGGCGCUAUCACCAAGCAUCUAAAGGAAAUCAACGUGUUCAGGCUGCUCUCGCCACCAAUGGCACUCAGUGGAGCUUCUCACCACCUAGAGCACCCCAUUUUGGUGGCAAAUGGGAAGCAGCAGUAAAAUCAACGAAGCAUCACCUCAAGAGAGUCCUGGGAACGACAACUCUAACAUUUGAGGAACUCAACACAGUCUUAGUUCAGAUUGAAGCCUGCCUAAACUCCAGGCCAAUCUGUCCGAUGUCAGACGACCCAGAAGAUCUCCAGGUUCUCACCCCGGGACACUUCUUAAUCGGCGAGCCUCUACAGAUAGUACCAGAGUCAUCCUACGUCGACGAGAAUCCCCUCAAGAUGAGGAGAUGGAACCUCGUGACUCGGAUAGUUCAACAGUUCUGGUCCAGGUGGUCCAAAGAGUGUCUCCAACGAUACCAGGCUAUCUACAAGUGGAAGACACGCCAGCAGAACAUCGAGGUUGGUAACAUGGUGCUGAUGGUCGACGAUAACCUUCCACCAGCCCAGUGGCCAAUCGCCAGAGUCAUCGCGACUAGACCAGGAGCAGAUGGGCUCACCAGAGUAGCCACAGUCAGAACGAGCAAAGCAGAAAUCGGCAGACAUCAAGAUGGGUCGCCUAAUCUCCAGAACAUCACAGCAGCCCACUCGGUGUUUAACAGACCAAUCACCAAGCUCUAUCUGCUUCCUACAGACCCACCUACACCAGAACAACCUCCAGAAGAAGAUCACCCAGAUGAUGAAGACGAUCAACAGCAAGGGGACAUCCAGGAAUUGCAGGACUGA